ACCCCGCACCUCCACUCCCCUCUCGCGAUUGCUCCCUGCCAGGCGCCCAGGCUGGAUCCUGGUGCGCCGCUUUUCGGGGCCAGCGCCCCUGCCGCCGAGGGGGCAAGGGGAGCGAGGAGGACACACUGGCCCUCCCAGAUGCAGUUAUUAAUUUUAAGGGAGUGUCACUUGGAGUGAAUAAAAAUCGCUCGGACGCCUGGCUGAAGGCGUCGCGUCCCCUGCCGGAGCCCCGCGCCCUUUGGUCUAGGCCGGGGCGUGGAGGACCGCGGGCCACCUUUCAGCCCAGUCCCCAUUUUACCAUUAUCCAGGCGCCCCAGUUAGGGAUGGGCAUCACAGGGUCAGUAGGGGGAACCCAUAUUUUGAAGGGAGGGGGCUAACUGCGGAAGGUAACAUAAGAGAAUCCAUCAUCCGGGGUCGGGGCGGCCGCAUGGGAAGGGAGGGGUCUCGUCCUGGCUAGGGGCCCGGCACCCGGUGGCGGGGAGCGGCGGCGCCAGCCUCCCCCUCCUCUUCCCCUCUCUGCCAGCAUCCUGAAGGAAUGAGGUCACGUGGGUUUCUCCCCUCCCGCCGCCCGGGCGAGCGACACGGCUGCGACUCCCCUCCCCUCCCUUCCCUCCCUCCCUCCCAUCCCCCCCUCCCCGAGACCCACCGGACCCCGAACCCAGGGCAACGCUCCCCAGUCCCCCCACCCCCGACCCCGGAAUCAUGCAUCGGACUACACGGAUCAAAAUCACAGAGCUGAACCCCCACCUCAUGUGUGCCCUCUGCGGGGGGUACUUCAUUGACGCCACCACUAUUGUGGAGUGCCUGCAUUCCUUCUGCAAAACCUGCAUCGUGCGCUACCUGGAGACCAACAAAUACUGCCCCAUGUGUGACGUGCAGGUCCAUAAAACCCGGCCGCUGCUGAGCAUCAGGUCUGACAAAACUCUUCAAGACAUUGUCUACAAAUUGGUUCCUGGGCUUUUUAAAGAUGAGAUGAAACGGCGGCGGGAUUUCUAUGCAGCGUACCCGCUGACGGAGGUCCCCAACGGCUCCAAUGAGGACCGAGGCGAGGUCUUGGAGCAGGAGAAGGGGGCUCUGAGUGAUGAUGAGAUUGUCAGCCUCUCCAUCGAAUUCUACGAAGGUGCCAGGGACCGGGACGAGAAGAAGGGCCCCCUGGAGAAUGGGGAUGGGGACAAAGAGAAAACAGGGGUGCGCUUCCUGCGAUGCCCAGCAGCCAUGACCGUCAUGCAUCUUGCCAAGUUUCUCCGCAACAAGAUGGAUGUGCCCAGCAAGUACAAGGUGGAGGUUCUGUACGAGGACGAGCCACUGAAGGAUUACUACACCCUCAUGGACAUCGCCUACAUCUACCCCUGGCGGCGGAACGGGCCUCUCCCCCUCAAGUACCGUGUCCAGCCAGCCUGCAAGCGGCUCACCCUAGCCGCGGUGCCCACCCCCUCCGAGGGCACCAACACCAGCGGGGCGUCCGAGUGUGAGUCAGUCAGCGACAAGGCUCCCAGCCCUGCCACCCUGCCAGCCACCUCCUCCUCCCUGCCCAGCCCAGCCACCCCAUCCCAUGGCUCUCCCAGUUCCCAUGGGCCUCCAGCCACCCACCCUACCUCCCCCACUCCCCCUUCGACAGCCAGUGGGGCCACCACAGCUGCCAACGGGGGUAGCUCGAACUGCCUGCAGACACCAUCCUCCACCAGCAGGGGGCGCAAGAUGACUGUCAACGGCGCUCCCGUGCCCCCCUUAACUUGAGGCCAGGGACCCUCUCCCUUCUUCCAGCCAAGCCUCUCCACUCCUUCCACUUUUUCUGGGCCCUUUUUUCCACCUCUUCUACUUUCCCCAGCUCUUCCCACCUUGGGGGUGGGGGGGCGGGUUUUAUAAAUAAAUCUAUAUAUAUAUGUACAUAGGAAAAACCAAAUAUACAUACUUAUUUUCUAUGGACCAACCAGAUUAAUUUAAAUGCCACAGGAAACAAACUUUAUGUGUGUGUGUAUGUGUGGAAAUUGGUGUUCAUUUUUGGGGGGUCUUGUGUAAUUUGCUCUUUUUGGGGGUGCCUGGAGAUGAACUGGAUGGGCCACUGGAGGCUCAGUAAAGCUCUGCACCGUCCUCGCUGUUUCCCAAGGCAGAUGGUGUGUUGGGGGCCCCUUCAGACCCAAAGCUUUAGACACAAUUCCAACUGGCUGCAUAUAGGAGUCAGUUAGAAUUGUUUCUUUCUCUCCCCGUUUCUCUCCCCAUCUUGGCUGCUGUCCUGCCUCUGACCAGUGGCCGCCCCCCGCAUUGUUGAAUGUCCAGAAAUUGCUAAGAACAGUGCCUUUUACAAAUGCAGUUUAUCCCUGGUUCUGAGGAGCAAGUGCAGGGUGGAGGUGGCACCUACAUCACCUCCUCCUCUUGCAGUGGAAACUUUGUGCAAAGAAUAGAUAGUUCUGCCUUUUUUUUUUUUCUUCCUGUGUGUGUGGCCUUUGCAUCAUUUAUCUUGUGGAAAAGAAGAUUCAGGCCCUGAGAGGUCUCAGCCCUUGGAGUUCCACUGUGGCUUUAGUAUUGUGAAGCACUGCACCCCCACUGACCUUACCCUCACCGGGGAACCCUCACUAGCAGGACUGGUGGUGGAGUCUCACCUGGGGCCUAGAGUGGAUGUGGGGGUGGGUUAACCUCACACAAGCACAGACCCCAGACUUUGCCAAAGGCAAACAGCCUUCCAAUUGCCCCUCCACCCCCAGCUGAGGCCCGGUCACCUGGUCAGGACAGAGCAACUGCAUCUAAAAGCACAAGAAGACAGAAACCUGUAAGCUCUGACCCCACCCCCACCCCUUGAGAGGUCAGCGGACCACCUCCUUAGGGACAGACCCUGGCAGGUCGCUGCCCACCGAGAUUUCCUCAAGUGUGCAUAGAUCUGAGGAGUCGGGAGUCGAGACUCCAGAUUCCAUCAAAGUCUAGGUGUGUGGGGUUGGGAGCCCCGAUGGGCUUGUCUGUGUUUGCACCUUGUCCUGUGUCUGAGGUCCUGUGACUGUACCCUCCUUUGCCCUGGGACAUCUGUAUCUCUUGGCUUUGUAAUAAAUGCUGCAUACUUUC